AUGGCUGACAUGCCUAGCAGAGCAUUGGUGUUGUACGGUGAUGGAUUGGCUAAUUUUGUUGAUUCAUCUCACGUCCAUCUCCACUCGCUUGCAUCUAAAGCUUCUUGUGGCUUCCUGAGCCUCCCUAAUGCCCCUCCAUCAGAAACUGAGGAUGAGAGGAUAGUUAGGGAAUUCGCUUUGCUUAUGGACUCUUGGGAUGCUGCUUACAAGGGCACGAAUAACGCCUCAACUCCAUCCAUUUCAGAUAGGUUCAUGGAAAUGAAGGCUGCCAUAGUUACCAAGAACCCUUCUUUGAAAUCUUUUGGUGUUAAACUUGGCUUCACUAUACUGCCAUCGGAUGAAGUUUCGUCGGAUUCUAUGGGUUUAGAGUUGAUGAAGCUGCUGGGGUUUCAACAAGGAAAUGUGGUAGACACUAAUCAAUUUGAUCUAGUGUUUGUGCACAUGGGUGCCGGGGAAAGAGAGGGUGGUGAUAAAGACGAUUUUGGUGCCAAGACUGUUGCUUUCAUUGAUUCUCUAGUUGCUGCAAUAAUGAAUGCAGCACAACCUGGUUCAGCAAUUGGCUCGCGUCUACACUUGUCACUUGUGAUGAGCUAUGGAUCCGUCUCGGAGAUCAACAGUGCUGAAACUUCGGUUUUGAUUUCGAAUAAUGAUCCCAAGCUUUUGGGGCUUUUUCCUCGACAGAGUUACACCAUGAGAGGGGAACAACCCCGACCUGAUGUCAGGCACAACGGCCCAAUGUUAGUUGCUCAAUUGCAAUAUGCUGUGACCCGAAUGGACAAAGCGCAAGUGUUUGCUUUUAAAGAUUUCAAAGAGCAUGGUGGAAACCUCGUAAUACCAGCUGAUCGGUUUCUCCAUGAAGUUGCAUUUAAGCUGUGGAAGGCUCCAAAAUAUGGAGCUUGA